AGAUCUCUCUCUCUCAUUAUCUUCCUAGUAGAUCUCCGUGUUGGCCGACACCUCCUCACGUCCCAGUAUUCUUUGCCUGGCAACCCUGUAACCAAGCACGGCCACGUUGACCUGCGCACUUCCAUGGAUGGCAAAUACAAAGAGAUUGCAGAGGAGCUGUUCUCGCGCAGCCUCGCGGAGAGUGAGAUGCGGAGUGCUCCAUAUGAGUUCCCUGAGGAGAGCCCUAUUGAGCAGCUGGAGGAGAGGCGGCACCGGCUGGAGCGGCAAAUCAGCCAGGAUAUCAAGUUUGAGCCUGAUAUCCUACUGCGAGCCAAACAGGACUUCAUGAAAACUGACAGUGCGACAGAUCUAGAGUAUAUGAAAGAACAAAGCCAGGCACCCAAAGAACUCUAUCCUGAGAGAGAGCUCAUCCCUGAGAGGGAGUAUCAGAGAGUCACGAUCUCUGGAGAGGAGAAAUGUGGGGUUCCAUUCACUGACCUACUGGAUGCUGCUAAAUGUGUGGUCAAAGCUCUGUUCAUCAGAGAGAAGUACAUCUCUCUGUCCAUGCAGAGCUUCUGUAGGACUACAGCACGUUACCUGCAGGAGCAGCUGGGUGGCCAACCUCUGGACCUCAACACCUUUGAGGAGAUGCCGGAGUCUUCUGUAUCUGCAAAUGCAACGGUCCACCCUCCUGUCUCAGAAACCCACCCCUAUGAGGUGCUAGACCCUGCCAACAUGCCCCCAGGAUUGGGCUACACUUGCAAGAUGGUAGAUGGUGUUGUUCAUGUGUACACGCACAAUUCCUCAGAGCUGGACUUGCCGUACCCAGACCUGCAGGAAUACAUAGCUGAUAUGAACAUGAUGAUGGCACUCAUCAUUAACGGGCCAGUGAAAUCCUUUUGCUAUCGCCGGCUGCAGUACCUCAGCUCCAAGUUCCAGAUGCACAUUCUCUUAAAUGAGAUGAAAGAGUUGGCAGCACAGAAGAAAGUCCCACACCGUGAUUUCUACAACAUCAGGAAGGUGGACACACAUAUCCAUGCUUCAUCCUGCAUGAAUCAGAAGCACCUGCUGCGCUUUAUUAAAAGAGCCAUGAAGAAAUAUCCAGGUGAAAUCGUCCAUGUAGAACAAGGCCGAGGACAGACUCUAUCAGAGGUGUUUGAGAGCAUGAACCUGACGGCCUUUGACCUCAGCGUAGACACUCUGGAUAUGCAUGCGGACCGUAACACGUUCCACCGCUUUGAUAAAUUCAACUCCAAAUACAACCCCAUUGGAGAGUCCAUCCUCCGAGAAAUCUUUAUCAAGACUGACAACCAUGUUGAGGGGAAAUACUUCGGGCACAUAAUCAAGGAGGUGAUGGCAGACCUGGAGGAGAGCAAAUAUCAGAAUGUGGAGCUGCGACUCUCCAUCUACGGCCGCUCACGAGAUGAAUGGGAUAAACUGGCUCAAUGGGCCAUCAAACACAAAGUUUAUUCAGAUAACGUGCGCUGGCUGGUGCAGGUACCCCGGUUAUUGUUUGAGCCUGAUAUCCUGCUGCGAGCCAAACAGGACUUCAUGAAAACUGACAGUGCGACAGAUCUGGAGUAUAUGAAAGAACAAAGCCAGGCUCCCAAAGAACUCUAUCCCGAGAGAGAGCUCGUCAUUGAGAGGGAGUAUCAGAGAGUCGCCAUCUCUGGAGAGGAGAAAUGUGGGGUUCCAUUCACUGACCUGCUGGAUGCUGCUAAAUGUGUGGUCAAAGCUCUGUUCAUCAGAGAGAAGUACAUCUCUCUGUCCAUGCAGAGCUUCUGUAGGACUACAGCACGUUACCUGCAGGAGCAGCUGGGUGGCCAACCUCUGGACCUCAACACCUUUGAGGAGAUGCCGGAGUCUUCUGUAUCUGCAAAUGCAACGGUCCACCCUCCUGUCUCAGAAACCCACCCCUAUGAGGUGCUAGACCCUGCCAACAUGCCCCCAGGAUUGGGCUACACUUGCAAGAUGGUAGAUGGUGUUGUUCAUGUGUACACGCACAAUUCCUCAGAGCUGGACUUGCCGUACCCAGACCUGCAGGAAUACAUAGCUGAUAUGAACAUGAUGAUGGCACUCAUCAUUAACGGGCCAGUGAAAUCCUUUUGCUAUCGCCGGCUGCAGUACCUCAGCUCCAAGUUCCAGAUGCACAUUCUCUUAAAUGAGAUGAAAGAGUUGGCAGCACAGAAGAAAGUCCCACACCGUGAUUUCUACAACAUCAGGAAGGUGGACACACAUAUCCAUGCUUCAUCCUGCAUGAAUCAGAAGCACCUGCUGCGCUUUAUUAAAAGAGCCAUGAAGAAAUAUCCAGGUGAAAUCGUCCAUGUAGAACAAGGCCGAGGACAGACUCUAUCAGAGGUGUUUGAGAGCAUGAACCUGACGGCCUUUGACCUCAGCGUAGACACUCUGGAUAUGCAUGCGGACCGUAACACGUUCCACCGCUUUGAUAAAUUCAAUUCCAAAUACAACCCAAUUGGAGAGUCCAUCCUCCGAGAAAUCUUUAUCAAGACUGACAACCAUAUUGAGGGGAAAUACUUCGGGCACAUAAUCAAGGAGGUGAUGGCAGACCUGGAGGAGAGCAAAUAUCAGAAUGUGGAGCUGAGACUCUCCAUCUACGGCCGCUCACGAGAUGAAUGGGAUAAACUGGCUCAGUGGGCCGUCAAACACAAAGUUUAUUCAGAUAAUGUGCGCUGGCUGGUGCAGGUGCCCCGGUUAUUCGAUGUGUACCACACCAAAAAGCAGCUAUCUAACUUCCAGGAGAUGCUAGAGAACAUUUUUAUGCCUCUGUUUGAGGUCACUGUGAAUCCCAGCAGCCACCCACAGCUGCAUCUCUUUCUGCAACAUGUUAUGGGGUUUGAUAGUGUGGAUGAUGAGUCAAAACCUGAGCAUCGCAUCUUUAACCUGGACAGUCCAAAACCUGUGAACUGGACGGAGGAGGACAAUCCUCCAUACUCGUAUUAUCUGUACUAUAUGUAUGCGAAUAUGACUGUACUCAACCACCUGCGCAGGCAAAGAAACUUGAAUUCCUUUGUAUUACGUCCGCACUGUGGAGAGGCAGGGCCUAUUCACCACCUCGUGUCUGGAUUUCUGCUGUCAGAAAAUAUUUCCCAUGGCCUGCUUCUGAGAAAAGCUCCUGUACUGCAGUAUCUGUAUUACCUGGCUCAGAUCGGCAUAGCCAUGUCCCCACUCAGCAACAACAGCCUCUUCCUCAGUUACCAUCGAAAUCCACUGCCUGAGUACCUGUCCCGGGGUCUCAUGGUGUCUUUGUCCACUGAUGACCCACUGCAGUUCCACUUCACAAAGGAGCCGCUGAUGGAGGAGUACAGCAUCGCUGCUCAGGUGUGGAAGCUGAGCUCAUGUGACAUGUGUGAGCUGUCCCGAAACAGUGUGCUCAUGAGUGGAUUUUCUCAACAGGUGAAAAGCUAUUGGCUGGGGCCACGUUAUCUGAAAGAGGGGCAGGAGGGCAAUUGA